AUGAGUUUAUUUUCCGGAAAGAAUUUGUUAGGAACUCCUCAUCGAGUAUCCAACGGGUCUAACAAGAAUAAACUUGAGUUUACGCCUAUAGGCGUUUCGAAAAGCAAAAACAAUGGAAAUAUAGGAGGGUAUGAUUUAUCACCGCCAAAAUCUAAGUCAAGGUCUACAUAUACAGCAAGACGACCCUUAAACGAACAUAAAAUAAACCAGUCGUUUAACGAGUCGAGUUUCGAUAAUACGCUAGAUAACUUCAACACGACUAUCAAUUCGUUCCUGAAGCCACCUAUUUCGAGUAAGAAUACGGCAACGUCUAUACCGCCUAAAUUGUACCCCGAGCGGAAUCAUAUUUUGAGUAAUGGGAUGAAUUCAAUUAAAGAACAACAACUGGAAAACCACAAGCUUGAAACAGAAAAUUACAAUUUGAAAAUUAAGUUGGCUACACUCACACGAUUUUUUGAUCAAACGCCAGAAGAACAACGUGAAUUGGUCACGCAGAACAUCGAUUUGAAGCAACAGCUCAUGGAAUCUGCAAGAGAUAUAAAACAGUUAAAAGAAACGAUAACAGAUUUACAAUAUCUGUCCAACAAGGAGAAUGCCGGAUUUUCAGCGCAAAGCAUAGAGGAAGUAAGGCUGGAAUAUAAGCAACUUUUGAGUGAGAGAGAAGCCAAAUUGUCCGAAUAUGAAAGACAAAUUAUGUCCAUGCAAAACGAGAUGGCUUCUAAAAGUAGUAACAGCCAUGUGUCUGAUGAAUUGUUGGAUAAACUUGAGUAUUUGCAACUGGAUAACCAGUCGUUAAGACGACAGAUCGACUCGUUAAAAAUCACUAUUAAUCAACUAGAACACGACAAUGAUGCUGUUGGCAAUAACUUCGAUGAUAUUCACGAACAAUUGGAUAAUAAGAAUGCCCAAAUCCGAGAUUUGCAAAUUGAUUUAUCAAACUGGAAGGAUAAAUAUGAAUAUUUGAAUUCUGAAUAUAAGGGAUCUACACAUUCAAAUAACGAUAACCUUAGCCAAUCAAAGCAGGAAAUAAUGCAUUUAAAUUCAAAGAUUAAAGAUCUUGAAUACAAAUAUAUGAACGCCAAGAAUAUGCUAGAACAGAAGGAUGAUGAUUUAAAUAAGAUGAUGAGCAGUGUUCAUGAUGAUAAAAAUAUUGUCGAUAAACUUGGUAGGAAGGUUGAUUCAUUAACAAGAGAAUUGAAAGAGAAAGACAAGGAAGAGUAUAAUUUGAGGAGCCAGAUCAAAGCUUUACUUGAUCAGAGGACGUCUAACAAUGAUAAUGAUUAUAAGUUUUAUGAAUCAGAAAUCGAAUCUUUGAAACUUAAAGAGACGAGAAAUGCAGAACAGAAUAACAAAUUAAGAAUUGAGAUAUCUGAGUUGCAAGAUCAGCUUUACCAAAUUAAUACCAAUUCGAACAAUCACGACCAAAGAUUAAAAAGGCUUCAGGAGCAGAAAAAUGAACUUCAAGACAAGCUCACAUAUUAUGAAAAUGAAUACGAAAUUUUAGAAAAAGCCUUUAAUAAUGCUGAAUUGGAGUCUGAUUCUCUUAAAAGCCAACAAUUAAAAGCUGAUGAAAAAAUUAUCAACUUAGAAAAUGAAAAUCAAUUAUUGCUGAAACAAUUGAAAAGUAAUUCUUCCAAACUGAAUAAUUCAGCAUUAAUUGAGUUGGAAAACUUCAAUAGAAAACAACUUGAAACUGAUAGAAGGCAGUUGAUCGAAGAAGUUGAUUCUUUAAAAUUUGACUUAAAAAGAGUUACAAAUGAAUUAGAAUUUACAAAAAAUAAUAAACCUGUUGAUUUUAACAAUCAAUAUUUGGACUCUGAAUAUCAAAAACUACUCAUGGAAAAAAAUAAAUUACAGUUCACAGCUGAUGAUAAUGAAAUUAAGUUUAGGGAAUUAGACUCAAAGUGUAGAAAGCUUCAAACUAUUAUUGAUGAUAAAGAGUCUAUAAUUGAAGAUUUGGAGACUAGAGUUAGAGAGGUUGACCGUAAUAACAAAUUGAAAUUUCUUGUUGAAGAUGACGAAAAAACCGAGUUACUAAAAGCUAAGUCAAACAAUGAAUCAAAGAUGAGACUAUUGCAACUUGAGAAUGAAAAUCUACAAAAAGAAUUUGAGACUCAAAUCAAUUUCUAUAAGAAUAAACUAGAGAUUUUAUUGCAACGUCAAGAGGAAGACAUAUAUAAUAAUAAUAACCACAACAAAAGAAAUUAUGAAAAUCAAUCCUCAUCUAUUGUUUUAUUACUUGAAAAACAAUUAGAAGAUUCUCAAGCUUUACGAAAUGAAAUUUCUCAGAAACUUAGCGAGCAAAUAGCUACAAGUGAUGACUUUAAAUGGAAGUAUGAAAAGCUACAAAAAGACAAUGAACAACUAGUUGAACUUACUAAUGCGCUUGACAAGAAUGAAAAAUAUGUUAAAUUAGAAAAUAGCCAGCUUGAAAUGAGAAUGAAAAAGCUAACACAAGAAUUGAAUAAUACUACAAGGCAUUGCUCUAAGCUAGCUAACAAAGUAAAGGAAUUCAAGCAACGGGAAAUGAUUAAUGAUAAAUAUAAAUCUGAGAAUAAUGAUUGGAACAAAUCUCAUUUAACAAGCAAAUACCGUGAUUUACAAGCACACAAUUCAUAUUUGCAAGAUAAAUUAGACAACAUUAAUUCAAGAUUUGCAUCAACCCAUAUUUCUUCUUCAAAUAAUAACAAAGUUAAACUUUUGGAGAAUGAAUUACAUUACUAUAGGGCAAAAUUAUACGAUAUAAAUUUGAGGUCUAAUGAUUUAGAAGUCAUGUAUCAAUUUGUUAUGAAUGCAAUAAAGAAUUCUAAUAGGUUAAUUAAGAAUGAUAUUAUAAAAUUAACUCAAUGCGGCAUCUACCCAGAUUAUGCCUCAAUGAGUUUGCAAAAAUUACAAAAGGGCAAUAAACUAUCGUUCAAAGCUUUGUCGAAAUUUGUGCUAGCUAUGGUUAGGAUUAAAAGAAGAUCAGAAAAAGCUGAAAAGAGAAAAAUUAGACUAUUUGAAUUAAAGAAUGAAAUAGAAACAGACAAGAUCACCUUACUUGUGUGA